AUGUCCUCAGCUGGUGCAGGAGAAACGCUAGACCUGGAACCCAGUUUGUUACUGGACUUGUGGAAGAGGAAACACAAAGAUUUCCAAAUGAAUAACCGAAAGGAAGAUAUGGAGAUUGCUUCCCACUACCGUCACCUGCUGCGGGAGCUGAACGAGCAGCGGCAGCAUGGCAUCCUCUGCGACGUCUGCAUCAUCGUGGAGGGGAAGAUCUUCAAGGCUCACAAAAACGUCCUGCUUGGGAGCAGUCGCUACUUCAAAACCCUGUACUGCCAGGUGCAGAAAACCUCUGACCAGGCCACAGUCACCCACCUGGACAUUGUCACUGCACAAGGCUUCAAAGCAAUCAUUGACUUCAUGUACUCGGCACACCUGGCUCUGACCAGCAGGAACGUCAUCGAGGUGAUGUCAGCUGCCAGCUACCUGCAGAUGACAGACAUUGUACAAGCCUGCCACAACUUCAUAAAGGCAGCUCUCGACAUCAGCAUAAAGUCUGAUGCCUCGGAUGACCUGGUGGAUUAUGAGCUGGGAGCCCCUUCCAGCAGCAGCACGGAUGCGUUGAUUUCCGCCGUCGUGGCGGGCAGGAGUAUAUCCCCCUGGUUAGCUCGGCGGACAAGCCCAGCCAACUCCUCUGGGGAUUCAGCCAUCGCCAGCUGCCACGAGGGAGGGAGCACCUAUGGAAAAGAGGAUCAAGAGCCAAAAACAGACAGCCACGAAGACGUUUCAUCCCAGUCUCUUUGGUCUAAUGACGUAGGUUAUGGGUCUUUACGUAUCAAGGAGGAACAGGUUUCACCCUCACAUUAUGGAGGGAGCGAACUCCAUUCAGCCAAGGAUAGUGCAAUACAGAACCCGUUCCCAGAGCAGGGGGUUGGGGAUGGCUGGCAGCCCACGGGCCGCAGGAAGAACCGGAAAAACAAGGAAACCGUGCGGCACAUCACGCAGCAAGUGGAGGAUGACAGCAGGGCAAGCUCCCCUAUGCCAUCUUUUUUACCCGCCUCGGGGUGGCCAUACAGCAGUCGAGACCCAAGUGCUGAUGUGACAGUGACAGAGCCCAGCAGCUCUGACAGCAGAGUGGAGCGAUCCGAUCCCUACGGGAACACCGAGGAAGCCCUCCUGGGGGGGGAAGGCAGCUACAUCUCCCAGCCCCUGACCCCAGAGAAGGAGGAUGCUCUCCAGGCUGCCACGGUGGCCAACCUGCGCGCCGCUCUCAUGAGCAAGAACAGUUUGCUGUCCCUGAAGGCCGACAUGCUGGGAGAGGAUAGUUCUCUGCUGUUUGAGUACCUACCCAAAGGCACGCACUCCCUCUCUCUCAACGAGUUCACAGUCAUCAGGAAGAAGUUCAAGUGCCCAUACUGCAGCUUUUCAGCCAUGCACCAGUGCAUCCUGAAGAGACACAUGAGGUCCCACACGGGGGAAAGACCUUAUCCCUGUGAGAUCUGCGGGAAGAAGUUCACACGCCGGGAGCACAUGAAGCGACACACCCUGGUCCACAGCAAAGACAAAAAAUACGUCUGCAAGGUCUGCAACCGAGUGUUCAUGUCUGCAGCCAGUGUGGGGAUCAAGCACGGCUCUCGCCGCCACGGCGUCUGCGCCGACUGCUCCGGGCGAGGCAUCGCGGGGCACCUGGACCACAACGGGGGAGAAGGGUCUCCAGAGGAGUGCUACCCCGGGGAGGGCCAGUACAUGGAAGACCCGGAUGACAUCAAAGUGGAAGGAGACGAGGAGAUGGGAGACGACGACGACAUCAAGUGGAAGGACGACGUGGGGAUGUCACAAGAUGAUGUGAUUUUAGAGGACGACAAAGACGUCGACUCUCCGCAGGAGCAGGACAACUCGGGGGAGAACGACAAGGAUUUUACCUGGAUUUCUUAG